UCGCGACAUACGGCUGCUGCUACAGCGCUCAAACUUGUCAGAUGCGCCGUACCGAGAAGAGGGGCAAGAGUGAGAGGGGCGUCUGUCAGAAGUGUGUUGGCUUGUUUGGGUAAAGCGCCAGCGCUUGGUGAUGGCGUCGCGGGAGAGAGCAGGAGGGUAGAGGUGGAUGUCAGGGUGCAGCGCUCUUGCGCCUUCUUCUUUGCAUGCUCGAACCUCCUCCGACAUUGCCCAAUCUCUGGGCAGCAACAGAUCCGUCCUUGUCGGGUGCAGCAUCGUCGACCACAACGCUCCCAGCUUCCUUUCUCACCGCUCAAGCUCGAGCCCAGUUGGCGCGCGCUUAUGGCGUCCUCUUCCAUUUCCUAGACUACUCCAUUCCAAGACCACACUUGUGCGCUCUGCUCUCUGCUCUGACGCGCAGAGCGCACGUCAAGCCAUACCGCAUCACCAAGCUCCAAGCCUUGCGUGCUCUGCAUCCCACCGAUGUAGCCCUGGCAUCCCUACUGGCCACGUACGGCACCUUUGUACCAUCGUUGCUCUUUGCAUCGCUACCUCCCUCCGUCGCGCUGUCUGGCGGCUUGUUGGCCCCGCUCAAACAUCCGGACACGAGCUGGCUAGAGAGGGUUUCGCGCACGCACACUUUCGAUCCGAGUGGUGAAGGGUCCGAAUCGCGUCGAGAAGAGUCUCGAGAAGAAGCGCUUGCGCGCGGUCGCAAGAGGGCAAAGUUGUUAAAGGGUGCCAUGAACGCUUCCAACGGAUCCAACAAUCGACAAUCGCUGCUCAAAGGUGCCGCGCUCGUUCCACCGCCCAUCUGCCACCCUCAGGGCAAGUCGCCGCUCAUUACCGAGGCCAGAUCGCUUCAAGCGCUUGGACAUGUUCUUCCUCAGGUGAUUCUGCCUGCCCAUCUGGCAGCUGGUUUGGCACACCACCAUACCAAGCUGGCACUGCUUGCGUCGGACGACAGGCCCGGUCUGGAACGCAUGGCCAAAUGGGCGUGCGCUAGGCUGCAGGAUGAGAUCGCAGGCGCUGUUGAAGCCGCAAUCGCCAGGGGCGUCAAGGGCGUUACGGGCCUUGAUGGGCACGUCGCGCAGUCUCCAGCAGCCCGAAGAGCGGCAGGACUAGUCGAUCUGGUCCAUACUUUUUGGUCGCUGGUGGGCCUGCCAGCAUUCGCCGUGACUUGGCUCACUGCCACGAUAGGUUCUAGGACUAUGCAAGAGCGGCAAAGUCGCGAGCCGAACCUGAUCCUUUUGGAUCUCGUUUAUCUCUUGCCUCCUGGUCCAUGGGCUCGCUUCCGUGGCGGCAUAUUGGAACCGCUUUGUGGUCCAUCCACCAAGAGCAUUACUUCGGCGCAGGACAAUGCCAGGAUCAUCCAAGCGCUGGCUGACCUGCUUCAACGAUGGUCUAGGCACGACUGGGAACGCGCAAGAAGGGACUUUGCGAAUCGAAGACAACACUAUUACGGAUUGACGCUGCUUGAUGCAAAGGUGGAUCAUGAGGAAACGCUGCGACGCACAGCUGCUUAUGCAGCUCUGUAUGGCGAAAGGUGUCUGUUGAUGUACCCGCAAAAUCUCGCUGUGCAACACGCCGUGCUGCACCUGCACGACACCUUGUCUUCGCCCAGCAUCGCAGGAGUGCACAGCUCCGUCAUUCCCUCGCUCUCGACUUUGCUGCAGCUAAGUCUUUCGCGCGUCGGAGCUUUGUCCACCUUGUCCCGGCUCUGCUCCGUCCUGCAAUCCAUCCGUCAAGCUUUUGCGGCCCGUCAAGAUCUCUUGCAGUCGGACGCCCUUUCGGCCGCUCAAAAGGGGUCGAGCGUGGCGCAAUUGUACUUUUCGGAAAAGAAGGGAAAUCGAUUAAACACCUUUGUGGUGCUGAUGGCCGACUUUGUGUGGAGGAACAAGGCUUUUGCAUUGCUGGAGGAUGGCAAGGUGGACGAAUCUGCUGCCGCAUCCGCGCCCGGCACGGCUGAAGAUCAAGAGGCGGAAGAGGAGGAGGAAGAGUACGAAGCGGGCUGCGCUGCGGAGAUCAGCUUGUUGGCCAAAAAAGCGCUCAAACCGGCCACUGUUGGACAUGUCAAGUUGCUUCUCGACGAUUGCGGUUUCGACGCGAUGUUGAGCGGCAGCUUGACGCACGGACCGGCCUUUGUGGGAUUGAUGGAGACGUACCUCAACAAGCUCUGCUCGCGCAAGACCAGCUCCCUCUCGACUGCUGCCAUCAAACGCACCAUCCACGGACCAGUGACGAGCGGGACGUUUAGAGAAGCGAAAAAGAAUGGCCUGCUACCGGGCCAGAGCAACUUUUUGGAUUUGAGAAUCGGCUUUUUGGAGUGGAUACAGGCGGCGGGAGCUAGUGGGUUGGCAGAGUUGCUAAAGGCUAUUCUGAGCAGUUUGAGCAAGGGUUCGGCGAGCAAGGCCAAGUGAUACGCCGAUGUGCGAUGCAAUGCUGAUGAUCGCGAAGAGAUGGAGCGGACCGGGCUAGCCUGACGCUGGCCCAUUGUUGUCUGUUUUCCCCCCUCCUUUGUUGUACACGUAUCGAUCGCAAAAUAGACCAAAU